AGGAAACACUGCAGUGAGAUCAGCCACAGGAUGUUAUCAAAUCCUGUACUUAUACUGAUACUCUCCACUAGAUAUAUAAUCUAGCUGCUAAUUAGUAAUAGUACCAGUAUUAGAAUUAAAGUUGUGUAGUGUGUUUAGAUCAUGUACCUCAAGGCAGUUGUUUUGCUUUCUUUCUUCUCCUUUGCUCUUUGCUGUCCUUAUAUUGUUCAACCAUCCUCUCUCAAUGUCAGUCAAGGAACUACUGCUCAGUUUAGUGUGGUUGUUUGCAGGAAUCCACUGCCUAUAAUCACUUGGACUGUCGAUAAUUUUAGGGUUUUUAAUGGCAACAAUAUUAUCAGGGGGGUAUCUGUCAGUCAGCAAAUCUUGAAUGGCAACAGUAUUCGCUCAACUUUAUUUGUUUCGACUAACUCUAGAAAUUUUGCUAUGAUAACAUCAACUGUUUUUGCACCACAGAGUUUUAUUUCUGAUCCUGUUAGGCUUAGAGUUCAAGGUCUGUUAAAUGCUGUUAAUAAUCUCAAUUAUGACAGAAUCAAUCAACAGUUAUCAUGGAGGCCUCCAUUUACACUCUCAGGAGUCCCAAUAUUACAUUACAGGAUCAACAUCAAUUCUGAUACUAACAUUUUCCCUGCGAUUAUAACCAAUUCAACAACACUGUACUUAAAUGGGACUGCCUGUGGAAACUACACUGCAACUAUUAGAGCAGUAAAUGCUGUUGGAGAAGGACAGGCAGCAUCACUGGAAUAUACUCAUAUAGGAGCUCCAGAAGUUCGUUUUAAAAACUACACAAGAACUAUUAAAAAUGACACAUUUACCAUUGAAGUAUUUUAUGAGAUUAGUUACAACUGUACAGAACAAAUACCAGUUACAGUACAUGCAGUAACAAGGAAUGUGUAUGGUAACAUUGUCACUUAUCAUUCUAAUCAAAGUGUCAUUCGUGAUGGUACAUUGACUGGGAAUGUUCUCAGUGGUUCAUACAGGAUUAAUGAGCUGUUGAGUGAAAAUGCUUAUGUUGGACAACUUGUUUUUAAAACUAAGCAAGGUUUGACAGUCAAGACAAAGGAAUUCAAACUAUAUACAGUUAAUCUUACUAAAAGAUCAACAUCAGUUCAUAGUACAUCAACAAUGACAUCUAAUGGUGUUUUAAUAACAAUCACAGCCUCUAGUUCAAAAGCACAUUAUUCAUUAACUACACAUCAUUCAUCAAAAGCACAUUCAACUGCUAUUAGUAAUACAAUCCCUACAACUACCAGUGCUACUAAUGGUAAUUCAGUAACAGCCAACAAAGCCCACACUAGAUCUAGUUCAAUAGCACAUUAUUCAUCAACAGCACAUUCAGCUGUUAAUAGUACUGUUUUUAUUAUAUCAGGAGCUGUUGGAGUGAUCUUAUUAAUUAUAAUAAUAACGAUCAUUAUCACACUAUUAGUAAUUUUGGCUAUCAAAAAACGAAAAAGUAAGAAUAAUUAUAUUUGACUUGUAUUUAAUGUAUCAUUAUUAAUGUACAGGUAGAAAUAAUGCAGAAGCAACAAUGU